UUGCCGGGAAAAUCUCCUCGCUUGACAGUCGGCGAAUCACUGCUCGGACAAUUCCGUUAUGUUUCCGAGUUUUCCCUUCGUACUCGUUGCUCCCGUGAUCGUCUCAACCUCGUGUCCAUGUCUCAACGCCGCGGAUUCUUCCUGUGGAAGGAUUGUUGAGAGUUUUUGAAGUUGGAUACAAUUCUUUAAAAUCGCUUCUCUGUUUUUAUGUUUCUCUCGAAGAAAAUGGAAUCUGGAAUUUGAGUUUCUGAGGAAUUGUUUUUGUAGCUGACGUUCUUUUCUCUUCUGGAGCUUGUUUUUGGAGAUUACGUUGGCGAUGGAAGUUCUUGAGCUUUGGUUGGUGUUUGUUUAACUGAGUCUAGUUGGAUUUCUUUUUUCUUUUAUUGUCAAAGCCUCUCGGCAGGAGGAAGAGGGCGGGAAGGGACUGAAUGGCGGUUGAGUAUAGAUGUUGCGGGUCGGAGUUUUUCAUUUACAUAGCUAUAAUCGUGUUGUUGGUUUUGUUCGCUGGGUUGAUGUCUGGACUCACUUUGGGACUCAUGUCGAUGAGCCUCGUGGAUCUCGAAGUUCUGACGAAUUCUGGAACCCCCAAGGAUCGAAAACAUGCCGCAAAGAUACUGCCAGUUGUCAAAAAUCAGCAUUUAUUGCUUUGCACCCUCCUUAUUUGCAAUGCGGCUGCUAUGGAGGCACUUCCCAUUUUUCUUGAUGGUUUGGUUUCAGCUUGGGGUGCUAUUCUUAUUUCGGUGACACUAAUCCUCCUGUUUGGUGAGAUUAUACCACAGUCUGUUUGUUCUCGACAUGGUCUAGCUGUUGGAGCAGCAGUUGCUCCAGUUGUCCGCAUGCUUGUUUGGAUAUGCUAUCCAGUUGCAUAUCCAAUAAGUAAGCUAUUAGACUUUCUCCUGGGCCAUGGACAUGUAGCUCUUUUCCGCAGAGCUGAGUUGAAAACACUUGUUAAUUUGCAUGGUAAUGAGGCUGGAAAAGGUGGAGAACUGACACGUGAUGAGACAACAAUCAUUGCUGGGGCACUCGAGCUCACUGAGAAAAUGGCUAGUGAUGCCAUGACUCCCAUAUCCGAAACUUUUGCACUUGACAUCAAUGCCAAGCUUGACAGGGAAUUGAUGGGUUUAAUUUUGGAGAAAGGGCAUAGCCGACUGCCAGUUUUUUAUGAGCAACCUAGAAACAUAAUUGGACUUGUUCUGGUGAAGAAUUUGUUAACCAUUUACCCAGAAAAUGAAGUACCUGUAAAGAGUGUCACUAUUCGCAAGAUUCCAAAGGUUUCAGAAACCUUGCCCUUGUAUGACAUUUUGAAUGAGUUUCAAAAAGGUCACAGCCAUAUGGCUGUUGUGGUGAGACAAUACAAGAAGGCACCAGAGCAGGCUGCCAGCAAGAGCCCUGCUUCUGAUGUAAGAGAGGUUAGGGUAGACAUCGACAGAGAAAGGAAUACCCAAGAGAAGAGCUUAAAAGGAAAAAAAGAACUCCAGAAGUGGAAGAGCUUCCCCCACAGUGCAAGUAAUUCACAGAGAGGCACAUCUAGGAGCAAGAGGUGGACAAGGGACAUCUACUCGGAAAUAUUACAGAUUGAUGACAAACCACUUCCAAAGCUCCAAGAAGAAGAAGCUGUCGGCAUAAUUACAAUGGAAGAUGUCAUAGAAGAGCUUUUACAGGAGGAGAUCUUUGAUGAGACAGAUCAUCAUUACGAGGAUUCUUAGCCUUGGCUCUGCUAGAGCAUAGGGUGCUUCAUUCCAGAUAUCACAAAAGAAUUUGCUUGAUUUUUAAGGAGCUAGAGAGAGUGAAAAGUAAAGCCCCGAAGGAUGAUCAGAGACAGUUCUUUGUAUGUAUUACUGUUCUUUUUAUGUAUUAAAUGGUUGGGAAAUGCGUAGAAAAAUUAACAUGUAAUAGAAAAAGAACAAAUAUUUUUCAUAGUGAAAUAUGAUAGUAGUUAUUUCUUAUCUAUUUUAUAUUAUGGACUUAUAAGGGUUUUACAUUGUUGUUUGUUUCAUCUGAAGAAUAUGUAAUCUAAUUGGAUUACAGCAAAAUAAUUGCUAAUGAAGUGCUGUGUUACCCA